UUUGUAACUCUAAAAACAUUCUUUGUUUGUAUUUUGUAACUCCUCUCCUUCUCUUUAAACCUAGAGCAACAAAAAAACACACACACACACACAUGGAUUCUCAGGAACACAACAUUACACAACACUCUCCAGGAGGAGGUAAGAGCCAUGUCUGCAGUAAAUGUGGUUGGAAUUACCCAAAUCCACAUCCUAGUGCUAAAAACCGGCGUGCCCACAAGAAAAUAUGUGGAACCAUCAAAGGGUUUGAGAUCCUUGGUUCCGAGCAGGCCAACCAGAAUCUUGAUUUGCAGAAAGGGCAUUGUUUGGAUGAUGAACCAAAAACCCCAAGUCCAAGAGUUGUGGAUGAGAGAAUUGGUGAUAUAAUAAGUGAAGAAGAUGUGUUUGCAGAUGCUGUUUGUGAAUUUUCUAGCAGCCUUGUGUCUGAUUCUGUCAAGGAAAAGGAGGAGGAGACAGCAGCAAAUGGUAUGGCAAAGAGUGCUACGGAUCUUGGUGAAACUCAGGAGUGCAACAAAAGCCCUGAAGUGGUUAAAGAGAGUUUGGAUGUUCUUCUACCUGUCCAAGUCCUUGAGAAUUUCCCAAGUUCAGCUGAAGCAGCGGAUACAUGUGGAGAAAGUUCAUCUCAGGUCAUUCAUGAUGGUCGUAGUACCAUAUCAAAUGUUGGAUUAGAGGCAGAAUGCAAAGGCAAUGUAGCGGAUGAAUCUGAAUCUAGGUUGGCAGCAUCUGCAUUAGGAAAGAGAGUGGAUACUUCAUGGAACGAUGAAGUCAUUUACUCGGACUUGGAGGGUCCCCAUGGAUUUGAAGAAAUGAAUAUGAAUCCUCCUGGUGAAGCUGAUGACUAUACAGCAGUGAGUGAUAAGAAUCCGGUCGAUACUCCUCCUGUAGAAACCAUUGCAGACCAAGUUAUCAACACCAGUCUAUCUGCUCUUGAUGCCAUACCUUUUGCUGAAAAUGCUCAUGUCUCUUUGCAUGGUACCAAAGCCCUUGAAGACGAGCUUCCCUUGGAAGACUUAAGUAUCGGCAGGGAUGUUCCUUCACCAGACAAAACUGAACCUCAGGGCCAAUCCCCCAGCGCAGAGAACAUAGUAAUGCCUAAGAUUGACCCUGAAGAAACUGUUGAAUCAUCUUUUGGUGUUGGUGCUUCCCAAGAAACUGUUGAAUCAGAAACCGUGAGAACUUCCCUACCUGCGGUAGAUCCUUUUGUUGCUGACUCGAAUGCUGAUGUGAGCCAUUCAGAUCUCAUUUCUCCUGAGAGUGAACUUACUCAAGCAAAUGUUGUAGCUGAUGAGGAGAAGAGCACAAUUAGCGAGCUCAGUUCUCAAUCCUCUUGUGCUGUUGAACACUAUGUUUCUCCGGUGUCUGUUGUAUCGGAGGGAGAUGAACCACCAAGUGUUCAGAAUAAAAGUUCAACAGAAACAUCUAAAGACUCCACCCUCCAAAUCGGUGCUGAAGCUUGUGAAAGUACUGCUGAAGAAGAUUGCACUAAAACUAAUCAGAAGUUGGUGGAAAGCGGAAGGACAGAAUCCAAUAGAGUUGUUGGUGGCUUAGGGGUUAUUCAAGCAAAUGAGAUUGACGGUAACCUCAAAACACACAACAAUUAUGCUGAGGUCCCUGUGACAAUUGAAUCAAAUGACCAUAGAGAUUUCGGGAGGUUGCAGAAUCUUUCAGAAGCACACAUUAGAUCUCUGGUUUUGAGUCCGAUAGUCACUAGAGAUAAUGCCGUUUCAGGACAUAGUGAACCUGAAAACGAAUCUCAGUCGUCAUCACUUGAUGUUGGUCUGUCGAAGAACCAAGAGAUCACAACAAGCUGGAGCACAGCAAAGGAGCAGCAUGUUCCGCUGAAGAACCUUUUGAACGAAGCAAGGUCACCAAGGGUAGAGGCAACAACCAGCAUACUGAGAGUGAGUGCGAUACUGGAGCAAGGGACAUCCCCUGAAGACGAGGGUGGGUGGCCAGAGAGGAGAGAAGUGAGUGAGGAGUGGAACUCGCCAGCAAAGUAUCCAGCGGAGAGGAAAGUGAAAGGAAGACCCUUUUGGGUUCCAUUCGUGUGUUGUUCCUCUUCUAAGUAAAGGCUUUAUUGUCUGAUGGUAGUAGGAUGAUGAACGAUUCUAGUAGUAAAGACUCUUUAUAUACAAGCUAGUUGUAUUGGUUCUUGUAGGAGUCUUUGUUAUACGUAUGUAGACCACUUAUGAAUUUGAUUUUUAUCAUGU